AUGGAGGAAUUGAUGACAGCACUAUGCAGGACUGUAACGGCAGAGGAUUGGUUGUCUUUCGGUUUCAUCACGACCACUGGAGUGCGAAUGAUUCUUGUGCUUGAAGCCAACAACCUCGAAUGGAAGGAUUUCGAUAUAAGAUCAUUAUUCAAGCGAUUCAUCACUCUAUUGACAAUGCAGUCUCGCCAAUUCCUUUCCACACAUGCGGGAUCCCUAUUGGAAGCAGCUGCACAGAUGAUAAGCACUCAUGUCGAAGGGUAG